UAACACAAUAAGAAGAAUCAAACACUGCCGGUUACGGCAGCAAGAAUAAAUUCUGCGCGGCGUCGGCAGUGGGCAAAGUUAAAGUAACUAAGGGGCCAAUUUCUGACCGGCAAAUCAACGGCGGCGACCGAUCUUCCGGUAGCUGUGCACGCAACUCAUGGCAAAACUCUAAUAGCUUUUUUUCAAUCCCGAAGGCCAAAGAAAACGAGACUCUGACGCCUGGUUUCAUCAUCGUCCGCUUUCGAGUGCAGAGUCGCGUACGAUGAGAGGAAAUAAUCAUGGGAAUUAUAAGAACCCAUGUUUGACUAUGCAUCAACCCUGGGCGUCUAUGCUCGUUUACGGGAUCAAGCGCGUUGAGGGCCGGUCAUGGCCUGCUCCCAUCAGAGGUCGUCUCUGGAUUCAUGCUGCCAGUAAAGUUCCCGAUGAGUCUACUAUCAAGGCAAUGGAGUGCUUCUACCGGGAGAUUUAUGCAGUCAAUGGAAUAACUGAUAUUAAGUUUCCAGAGCAUUAUCCAACUUCAAGGCUAUUGGGUUUCGUUGAGGUUGUUGGCUGCUUAAGACAGGAAGAACUAGCCUGCUGGGAGAUGGUCCCUGAAAGUGUUAGGCUGGAAGCGCAAACUAAGUAUUGCUGGUUAUGUGAACAUCCACAGAAAUUGUUGAUUCCGUUUGAGAUGAGAGGAUAUCAAGGUGUUUAUAACUUGGAAAAGAAGAUAUGUGAAGCUGCAGUUAGAGGUCUGUCUCCUGUUGCAAGUCCGCUUCCAGUGAAGUUUCCACUUCCAGAUCCACAUGAUUCUUUUUCAUUGCAGCCAGGCUGCAUCUGUGUGUCUUCUCCUAAUUUGAAAGCAUCAUCUGAAGCGGACAGAUCAUCAACCCUGACUCUGGCCAUAGCCGGUGCACAAGAGGCAGCUUUGCAGUUCUCAAAGAAGGAUCAGAAUUCUCAAAGUAUUGUUACAAAUACUAAUUAUCAAGAGACAGAAACUGUAAAAUCCUAUAAUUUACGAUCGCUGAGAAGAUCUGGGGAAAAAGAUAAAUCCACGAUCUUCAGUGAGACAUUUGAUGAUGGGACUUUGCCAUUACACCAUGAGGAUAGAAGAAGCUAUAACCAGUAUGAGGGAAGCAGUAGGUACAAUCAAUAUUGUGGUGCUGAUGUGAGACGACCCCUUCAACAACCAGCUAAGGGAUCUAUUGCAUCAAAGGAGGAGGAGAGAAGCAGGGGUGAAAAGUAUGAAGGAACCAGUCAACCUCCUGGUGCAGCUUUGAGUCCGAAUGCCCUGCCUCCGUCUAAGAUUUUUGCUGCAGCGGUCAGAGGCCUGAAGCAUGAUCUUUAAAUAUGAUGCGGCGAACGCAGAGAUGGAAGUGGAGCUCGGAUCCUGAAAUCAAGCUUGGAAUUGGAUUAUUUCAGGGAAAUAUCUUGUUGGACAGAGCUCAGCUUCUUGUUUUGUUGUAUCGUUAGAGUAAUCGAAGCUUGCCUACUUGUUUAAAUAAUGUGCACGGUGGAUUUAAAGUAGUGAUGCAUGCUCUGCUUAACAUUAGAUAAGAAUCUGAAAUGGAAUUUGUGUGCAAAGCAUGGAGCUGUGCUUGUUGUUGGUCUUCAAUUGCUUGCUGCUCCGAAAGAGCCUCUCGAAUCUCACCACCUCUGCCGCCUAUUCCCAACCUGUCCCCCCUCACGGCUGUGGAUAUCUUCAACUGAAAACAAAUAUAUAUUAUUAUUUGCAUAGCUAAAGAGUGGGGGCGUCUAUGAUUUGUAGAAGUAAGCUAAAGUGUAAAUAUCUUAUAUCAAGAAAUCAGACUUCUUUUUGGUUUGGCAGAUGGCUACCUGACAAGCAACUUUUUAUUUUUUAUUUUUUUUUGGUAGAAAAGCAACUUUUUAUUGAUUUUGUGGAAGAUGAUAGAGAAUUUAUUGAUAUUAAUUGUUGAGAAUGGGCUUGCCACCUUUAGGCCCAUAAUCAACAGUUAACCUAAUUUUCUUUUA